UUCGGAUUUGGUUAAAACCUCACGAGUCACGCAGCCUCAAAAGGUGUAUAUAUACAAGGACGGAUGUAACAAUAUUGUAUAGCAAUUCAAAAUAGCAAAGGAGCUUCUUGGCUUUUGCUUCUACUUCUUACAACAAGUAAUCACCCCUUAUUGUCCAUCAAUUCCAUUUCUAUUACUUCAGAACUGAAAUGGGGAAAGGCGAAGAGUUCAAGAGUGUUUUCGAGUACUUCGAUGAAGAUGGUGAUGGGAAAAUAUCGGCUUCGGAUUUGAGACAUCGGUUGGGUGUCAUGGGUGGAGAUCUGUUUUCAAAAGAGAUAAAUGUUGCAGUUGAGGCAUUUGAUUCUGAUGGAGAUGGGUUCUUGUCUUUGGAGGAUUUUAUUGGGUUAGUACAAGGAGGGGGAGAGGAAGAGAAGGUAAAGGAUUUGAGAGAAGCUUUUUCAAUGUAUGAUACAGAAGGGUGUGGGUUUAUCACACCCAAGAGUCUGAAAAGGAUGCUCAGCAGAUUGGGUGACUCAAAGUCCAUUGAUGAAUGCACAGUGAUGAUCAAACAGUUCGAUUUGAAUGGGGAUGGUGUUCUUUGUUUUGAAGAAUUCAGAAUCAUGAUGCAGUGAUAAUUAUUCUUUAAGCAUUCCUAAUUUUCAUUCACUUUGCAAGUUUGCAAACUAUUCUUUUUUAAUCUCCCUGUAAUUUAAUAUUAAUGAAUAUUCUUUUUAAUUGUCUGAUUCAA